UAUCAUUACGAUUGUGUGUGCUGUGUAGCGUGUACCGUCGCUGUCGGCUGCCGGCUUCUAAACUUCGCCUCGUGUUCAAUAUAAUAUUAAAUAUUUUACACUUUCAAAAUUAACUUUUGCAAUAAUUGUUAUUUUUUUAUCUUACGAUUUUACGAUGUCACAGAACGGUGCUCCAGUUUUAGUGUUGAACACCAACACCAAAAGAAGAUUUGGACACAAAGUUCAAAAAGAAAAUAUAGCUGCAGGUAAAGCAAUUGCAGAUGUGGUGCGGACCUGUAUCGGACCCAGAGCUAUGCUUAAAAUGUUAAUGGAUCCAAUGGGUGGAAUUGUAAUGACAAAUGAUGGAAAUGCAAUUCUAAGAGAAAUCACUGUCCAGCAUCCAGCAGCCAAGUCAUUUAUUGAGAUUGCUCGUACACAGGACGAAGAAGUCGGUGAUGGUACUACUUCAGUAGUAGUACUUGCAGGGGAAAUUUUGGGUGUUGCUGAACAAUUUUUGGAACAAAAAAUUCAUCCAACUGUAAUCAUUAAGGCAUACCGCCAAGUUCUUGAAGACAUGUUAAAUAUUUUAGAUAAAGAAUUUAGUAUCCCUUUACCUAUGGAUGAUGAAAAUAAACUGGUGGAAGUAAUUCAAUCAUGUAUAGGUACUAAAUUUAUUGGGACCUGGUCAGACUUAGCAUGCGGUAUUGCUUUAAAUGCUGUCAAAACAGUGAAAAUUAAAGAGGAAGGCCGCACUGAAAUUGAUAUAAAAAGGUAUGCCAAGGUAGAGAAAGUGCCGGGCGGUGCAAUUGAAGAUUCUGAAUUAUUAAAUGGCAUUAUGUUAAAUAAAGAUAUCACACAUCCUAAAAUGAGAAGAUUAAUCAAAAACCCUAGAAUUAUUCUUUUAGAUUGUUCCUUAGAGUUCAAAAAAGGUGAAAGUCAAACAGAUGUAGAAAUUGUUAAAGAAACUGAUUUCACUAGGCUAUUACAGAUUGAAGAAGAGUUUAUAGAACAAAUGUGCAAUGAUAUUAUUGCAUUGAAACCAGAUUUAGUAUGUACUGAAAAAGGAGUAUCUGAUUUGGCACAACAUUACUUAAUGAAAGCAAAUAUAUCCGUGCUUAGACGUUUAAGAAAAUCUGAUAACAAUCGUAUUGCAAGAGCUUGUAAUGCUACAAUAGUGACACGAACAGAUGAACUUCGUGAAAUCCAUGUUGGUACUGGAGCUGGUCGUUUUGAAAUUAAAAAAAUUGGUGACGAAUAUUUUACAUUUAUUACUGAAUGCAUCAACCCAAAAGCCUGUACAAUAUUACUUAGGGGACCGAGCAAAGAUAUAUUGAAUGAGGUUGAGAGGAAUUUACAAGACGCUUUACAUGUGGCUAAAAACAUUAUGUUAAACCCAAGAUUGGUUACAGGUGGUGGUUCCAUUGAAAUGGCUAUAUCGCAGGCAUUGGUGAAAAAAAGCUCAAAUAUAGCAGGUGUUGUCCAGUGGCCAUAUAAAGCUGUUGCACAAGCAUUAGAAGUGAUACCACGUACUCUUUUGCAAAAUUGUGGAGUUAGCACUAUAAGGACAAUGACAUCAUUAAGAGCCAAACAUGCAAUCAGAGGCAAUGAGUAUUGGGGUAUUAAUGGUGAAACUGGAGAAAUGUCCAACAUGAAGGAUCUAAAGGUAUGGGAACCAAUCGUGGUUAAAUCUCAAGUAUAUAAAACUGCAAUUGAGACUGCCAUAUUAUUGGUGCGAAUUGAUGAUAUUGUAUCGGGAACUAAGAAGAUUGGUGGAGAUGAUGGACAGCCAAAACCAUCUGCACAGCCAACUGAAGAAUCUAUGAAGGAAUAGUUCAUGUUUCUAUUGAUCACUUAAUUAAUUUUAAAAACAUUUCUACACUUUCUAAAACUUGUUUUUGCUCAUUUAUACUAAAAACUUUGUCUAAUGCUUGAUCUUGUUAUUUAAAUUAUUUUUUGUGCCUAAACAACAUUAAUAUUAAGAAGAUGUCAGUGCAAUAUUUGUUUUAUCUCAGACCCACGCGCUACAUAGAUUUAAGCUUUCACUUAACAAUUGUUUUGAGACAAUAUUCAGAUAAAUUGAUAUGUCAUGCCCUCAAAAAUAUUAUUCUCUGUCGUUUUUUAAUGGGUGAUUUUACUCUUAGAUUACUCAAAAACAUACACAUAAUGAUUCUGCGUAAAUGUGUUUUGUCUAUGUUGCGCGUUGAAUAGAAAGAAAAAAAUGGUGCGCUGACAUAAAAUCAUUUCUAUCAAAUCAAAUUAACUUUGAUAAUUGUUUAAAAAAAUUCCUUACUGUUUUAAAUUAUUGAAAUUUAUUAAAAAAAUAUAUUUUUAUUACUUAAAAUUUUAAAAUUUGUGAAUAACAUUUUGAUUUUUUAUUAUUAUGAUGAUAAUUAUUUACAAAAUAAUUUAUUAAUUGAUGAUUUUAACUAUAAUAUGAUGAAAAACCUUAAUAAUACAAUUGGGAACACAACUUUUAAAUCAAUACAGCUUUUAAUUUUCAAUACAAGUUUUAACCCUAGGUCAAGCUAGGUCAGUGGUUCCCAACCUUUUUGACACUAUGGGCCACUAAGAGAACUUUUAAUGUGUCGCAGACCACUUCAAUUUUUGACCUUAUUUUUCUCAUAAACCUCGCAUAAACACAAAUCACUUUAUUUCGCAAAUUUUAGAAUUUAGAUUUUAUGAAUAAAGAAAAAACAAUGAAAUUUCUUAUAGCUCAUAAUAAUAUUUAUAAUUGAUCAAUAUUAAGAAAAGUUUAAAACCAUCGACAAUUUACCGUAAAUUAAUACUAUAAAAAAAUUUACAUCAAAUUAGUAUAUAGUUUAUUAUAACGUCUCACAGACCACCAUUCAAUGUUUCGCGGACCCUAAGUUGGGGACCACUGAGCUAGGUCAAUGGCUGAAGGCAUUAACAACACAUACGAUUGCAGGUAACAUGUUCGCAUAAGACAAUCUCCAACACCCCCUCCCCUUUGUACAUCGUUGUUAACCAAGAUACUUUAGUCUUUCAAUCAGU